AUGACCACCAGCCGCAACUACAGCAUCACCGAGCCGCACCCGUCGGUGCCGGCCACCUCUACUGCCUUCCAUUGGGGACGUGGCGGUGCCGGCAAUGUGACGCGCAUCAGCUCCAAGGAGGUGACGCCCGGCCCCAGCGCCACCGGCCCUGCCUCGCGCAUCAAGCUGCCUGCGCCUCCCUCGAACGGCCAAUUCCUCACCGGACGUGGCGGUGCUGGCAACGUGCACCGCGAGCGCGCCAUUUUCAGCUUUGACGAGGAGCUCCGCCAGCAGCAGCGUCUGCAGGAGGCCGCCUCGCCCAUCUACCACGUCGGCCGCGGUGGCUCGGGCAACCUGAUCAACGAGGCCAAGCCCCAGAACAUCCGCAAGGGCUCCGCCAGCUCGACCUUCUCCAACGACAGCGACGACAGCGUCAAGUCGGCGCCGCACAAGGCCCGCCGCAGCUACGAGGGCGCGAGGAACUGGCUGAACCGCACCCUGUCCGCCCGGUAA